CCAUCCUAACAUGAAAAAUCGCAUUACUCCUCUCUGUAUCAACCCAAUCAACACCCUAAACCACCCUCCAAAACUACCAAAACCACGUUUUAAUAGGAUUAUUAAGUUUGAGGAAGAAGAGCGCAAAAUGUAUCAGAAAUAUUUUACUGUAUUGAGUAGAACGGUCAACCGCAACGCUCCAAAGUAUAAGGAUCAGAAGCCAAUCAGAUUUAUAAGCCCAAGAAUUACUGCUGGCAAACUUAAUAGACCAAGGCUGUUUAGUGACCCUAGAGGGUUAAGCAAUGAUGCUAGCAAAAGAGAUAAUGUGCACUCAGCAGUCAGAGCCCGCAAAGACUUUUCUAAUGCAAACAGUUUUACACUCAAAAAGGCUCCAAUGUGCAUUAAGCACAAAAAAGAAGAUUUUGUGAGUUUACCAGAUGCUAAUGAAAGAGUUCAAGAGUUAAAGCACGUGCCUCCUGCAAAAGCUCUUUGCAAUCGUCUUAGUUCUCGUGAUAGGGCUCACCAAGAUAGAUUCCAGAUUAAAGUAAACGACCAAAAACCUAGGAGAGCAAAUAUGAGCAUGAUACCUACCAUAGUUCCUCAUAGGAAGGUGUCAGAGGCUAUACAGAGGUGACAUAGUCCAUUCCAGAGACAAAUUGAUGAAAUCACUUUAAAAGUGUCAGACGCGAUUAACAAUAGGAGAGCAUGAAAUUCUCCAUUUGCUUUGAAUGCAACUCUUGGAAGGAUCUUGAGUAUGAAGAAAAAGUCAAAGAUAUCUACUAUUUCAGACUCACUUGCCAGCUCAAGAGUGGGGAGUCCCCGAAAGAUUCACUUAGACAAGCCAAAGUUUAACAGGGAGAAAUUUUUGAGUGGAAAGAUCGAGCACUGUCAGCUAGAGUCUCUCAUAUAA